UAUUAAUAAAUAUUUAUAUUGGGAUUGCAGUAUUAAGCAAUUUAGUUUCAUUUUCCUUAUCUAAUUAGAUUUAGCUAUAGUCUAUGGACCAUCCAUCGAUAUUUCGUCUAACUUGUAUCGUUAGUUAUCUCAUAAUCUAAUUAUAUAUUUGUAAAUAACUUUUAUAUAUUUUGUUCAAAUUCGGGUAUGUCUUUGUUAAUGUAAACGAAUAUAAAAUAAGGAUAACCAUUCGUUUUACAUUUUUUGUGUUGAAAAUUAUUAUAAGUAUUUUCUGUGUAAUAAUUUUGGAACAAAACAGAAAAUUAUGGUAAUUUUCUGGAAAAUAUUGUUCUCAUUUUCAUAUCGCAGGAUUAUAAUUAUUUUUGUAUAGCAUGGUGAUUUGAAAAUGAAAAAUAAAAUUCCAGUGGACCAUUAGACCUAUAGGCUACAGUUGCAACAACUGCAAAUGUAUAGAAUUUUAAGUAAAUGGGAUCCUCCCAUCCAACUGCUAAACAAUUUGGACAAACAAUAGUUAAAAAAACAACAGCAAACUAAUUUGUCUUCUUUUAUAUAAUUUAUAUGUGUAUUUAUAUGUUUGAUGGCAUGUGUAGUUCAUUGUAUGAGCGUCUUGGCUACAAGCAGCAUUAUUUUAACUUGAAAUAGAGUGUAUAAACAGUUAUAGAUUCCCAGAAUGGCCAGCAAGUCACAACAAGCUCAGAGAUAUAUAAAGAUUAUCAACCAACAGCUUGAGAUACUCAAUGGAGAGAAGCAAUCUGUGAUGGAGACUUUAGAUCACACUAUCAAUCAGGUGACUUUUUUAAAAUAGAAUACUUUAGGAAAAAUAAAUCAUAUUUCUGAUUUAAUCUAUUAUAACAAACAUUAAAUCGUUUAGUUCAAUAAAUAAAAUAAUUUAAAAAAAAAAUACAAAUUCAAGCAUAAAUUUACCAAUAACAUAUUUUACAUGGAUUUAAAAUUGUAGAUUAAAUAAAAAAAAGUUUAUUAGUUAUUUCACUGUGAACUUACAUAAAACACUAAUAAUAAAUGCAAAUUUAACUGUUAUCCUGUAUUUAAUUUGUAGGUUCUAAGUGAAGUAAAUGCUUGGGUAAAUAGAGGACAUGUCAAUCACAUAACCUAUGCAGAGAUGAGCAACAGAAUUCAACAAGUUAUACAUUUGUUUAUGGCCAAGUCUGCUGAAAUUUCAGGUGUUUUAUUAUUGUAAAUAAUUGUCCAUGUAUUCGACGAAUAUCUAACUAUAAUUUAUUAAAUAUCAUAAAAGCAUACCUGGUAAAGUAAACAGAAGAAUAAUGUUUGCAUAAACGAUUUAUAUCGAUAUAAUUCAAAUUCAAUGCUUAUCAGUGUAUAAGUAAAUAGUUGAACACGAUAAGUUUAGCUUUGAAAUGAAAUAUGCAGGGCAGUCAACGUAUUUAUUGCUUGACGCCUUAUUCAGAAGGCAAUACUAGACUUUAAAUAACAAAGAAUACUUUUUUUUUAAAAAAAAGACGUUUAAUUUUAAACCUAAAUGGAAUUUAAUCCACAAUUACCCUCACAUGGUUUGAACUCUGUCGCUCCACUAAUAUGUGAUACAUUAUUAUAGAAGUAUAAUAUUUAAUAGCUUUGAUCUGAUCUAAAAUGGAAUUCAUGUAAAGGAAAGUAAUUUCAUAUAAAGCUUCUGGCUCAAUUAAUCUGUUCGAAACAACGCUAUAACAAGAAUUAGAUUCAAUAAGAAAUAAGUUUCAUUUCUGAAAUAUAUUUUUUAGAAAAAAAGAAAGCUGGUUUGAUGCUGUACCUUGUUUUUUUAUUUUUACGUUCUCAGAUCUAGAGAUUGACGACAGUAAAAGUGACAGUGGCCUAUUACAAACUACUGCGGCAUCUAGCAAUAACUUGAGAAAUCCUAAAACCAGUUACACAAGAGAUCAAGAACAAGACAAAACGAUGUCUAGUAGAGUAAAAACUGUACAAGUAUGCGGUGAUCCGAUCGGUGAGUAAUAUUUAUAUCCUCAAACUAGUGUUGGUUUAUUCAUUAUUUGUAUUGAAUUAUUUAUUACUUUCAUCAGUUAACUGUUAACACUAAAUUUUUAAUUAUCUAACACAAAAUACGCUACAAUAUGUUUUGGAAAUGAAAUUUCAACAUGUACAUUUGUAAAUAUUAAGUCAUCAAUUAAAGUAUCAGUUAAAGUAUUAUUCUGCUAUUACAGAAACUGAAUUCAAGAAAUAUACAUAUUUAAAUACAGGUGCAGAUGAUACUUAUAUUACCACUACAAGAUUUGCCAUACUAGAGGAAGCUGCAUUCUCACUUAAAAAGACAACAGAACAAAUUCAAGAAAAACAGGAAAAUGUCAACAAAAAACUGGAAAUAUUAACAAACGCAAAUUUAAAAUCUAAGAAGAAAUGUCAAGAAAGAUUUACAGAACUUGAGAAAACAAGCAAUGAAAAUCAAGAAAGACUUGAAGCAAUGGAGAGAUCAAGCACAGAAAGUUCUUCUAAUGUUGAUGAUUUGUUUGAAUCUGUAACGAAUGUUGAUGUCAAGUUAAGCAGUUUAGAAAAUGAAAAUAAAUAUAUCAAUGCCUCAAUGAAUGAACUCAACGAAGAGAUCAGCUCUGUUAGAAGUUGUAGCAAUGACGCCCUUAUGUCUAUACAAGAUUUGUCAAAGCGCAUCGAGAGUACAAAUCAACAUUAUAAUGACAUGUCUAAUAAAAUAAAUCAACUGGAAGUCUCCAUUCAUCUUCUGUCAACUCAGUAUACAGAGCAGUUGGAAACUAUGAGCAUUAUCACUAAGGAAAAAGUUGACGAAACGGUAAGCUAUGUGAUAAUAUUUCUUAUGUGUUUAGUGUUAAUUUACAAUUUCUUUAAAAAAAAAAAAAUGUGGGGGGGGGGGGGGGGGGGGGGGAGUGGGGAAGGGGAAUUAACGUUUUAAUAACUAUAAUUUAUUGCAAUUAGAUUUAAUAGAAAAUUAAUUGUUAUUAAUUUUUUUCUAAAAAUCUAUAUCCCAACUUAUGAGAAAAUUUUUCGAAUUGAGUAAAAUCAUUUUUCUAUACAAUAAUAAGAUACAUGCCAAAUUUAAAGAAAAGCAAAACUUAACACCAUUUUAAUUUAUAUUUAAUUUUUGAAAUGUUAAUACCAUUAUGAUGAAAGACCUUUCUUAUCUUCGUUUUUGUCUAGGACACUUUCUUAUUGUUUUGAUGUAUGCACAUGAUUAAAUCGGAGUAAAAUCCUUUUACACAUAUAAUGUUAAUACAGCACAUUUGUUAAUCAGUGAUAUAAACAACGACGAUGAUUAAAACAUUUAAAAUAGUAUAUGAAGUUUAUAGUUAUACAGAAAUUUUUUUUGAAUGAAUUUUAGGUUUUCAAAUAAUAUUCAUUUUAAAUUAUAAAUAUAAUUAUUUUAAUGCGAAAUAUUUCUUACGAAUACUCACGAAAACGUUAACGAUUUAUUUAAACAGAAUUGGUUUUAAUUUUAAAAAAAAGGAUUGUGAUGCUUCAGUGAACUUCAAAAAGUUAGGUUGUUAGAUUUUACAAACGAAAGAAAUACAUUUAAUUUUUAUUUUUAAAAUUUUUUUGGGGUGAUAAGAAAACUUUUCAUGUGAUUAGUUUUUGUUAUAACUAUUUCUGGCUUUUUUUUUUUUUUUGCAGAUUGGUUUGGCUUGUCAAAUGCUAGCCAAGAGACUAGCACCAUUGGACAAAUUAAAUGAGAUUUUAAACAAGAAAGCCGAAUCUAGAAAGUGUCUUUCACAGGUAUUUUUAUGUGGUAUAGUUUUUUUGUUCGUUUUAGCCCCCUUUAUUUUAAAAUUUAAAAAACUAUAUUUUCCUUUAAACAAGAAAUUUUUUUCUUAAAAAAUAAUUGGAGCAAAGUUAACUUUAAUCUUUAUUUUUUAUCCUAAUUUUCUAAAUCAUCUAUAGGAAGACGCUGUGGAGAAUCAAGUGACUCAGCUAAAUGAAAAAAUUGCACAACUUGGUAAGAAGUAAUUAGAUAAAUUUUCACACUUUUUUCCUAACCUCCCCCCCCCCAACCCUCGAAAGGAAGACGCUGUGGAGAAUCAAGUGACUCAGCUAAAUGAAAAAAUUGCACAACUUGGUAAGAAGUAAUUAGAUAAAUUUUCACACUUUUUUCCUAACCUCCUCCCCCCCCAACCCUCGAAAAUUAAAAAAAUACAACUUUCAUAUCCAGUAGUUCGAUAAAAAAUAUACUCUUUAGAUUAUAACUGUUUGAUUAAAGUGAAAGCAAUGAUUCGUGAAAGGUGGUUUUUUUUUUUUAAUUUUCGAAAUUAUUUAGUAAAUAUCAUAGUUGAAGUGCUGGGUGGGUGAGCGGUUUGAACUGAGUUAAUCCGCAGCUUUUAGACUAGAGACAGGCAAAAACAACACCAACAUCCUGGGUGGAUGGGACCCUCUAACCUUGGAAUUCAAUCAACUCUCAUAUGAAAAGGCAAACUCUUAAGUACACCCGAAGAUAGGUUGGCGUUUAUGUGCUCGACACAAUGACAGUUGAACCAAGCACCGGAAGCACAAAAAAGUGCACGAAACUCUGUUGGUCAUUUACUGCAUCCUGGUUGCAUGCCAUUGAAAAGAGUGAGGCUGAUGAAUUGAGCAUCUCUCCCUCAUCUUAAACAAAAUACAAAGAUGCCUUAAUCAUAUUCAAAUGCGAAGAACGAUUACUAAUAUGUUAGUCGAAAAAGUUCAUUAAAAUUUUGAUUUUCUCUAUUAGCAAGUUGAGUUUUCAAAAUGUAAGAUAAGUAUUUUAUAUUUUCAUUUCUUAAAAUCUUUUCAAACUUUUCAUUGAUCAGUGAAUCCAAAACAUACUAAAAAAAUUAAAAUAAAGUCAAUAACGGCUUUAUUUAUUUGAAAUAAAUUAGGAAUAAAUAAAGUAAAAUGAAAUUAUCUAUACUUAAACAGAUCCUGUAUUAAAUUGCCAGUAAUGUCUUUUAAUGUGUGAUUUCUUCCUCAUUUCAUUUUAAUAUUAUAAAUCAUAACGUAUGUGAUAAAACAAUAGGUCAACUUUGCUUUUGAGAGUUCAAUAAGAUUAGCCCUGUAAGAAUGUUUUAAUUUGGGGUUUCUUGUAAUGAGGUUAAAGCAAAAUGAUUUACGAAACAAAGGGUAGUGAAAAAAAAUCAGAAAAAAGACACACAAAAAAUUCCCCACGAAAGCCUUGGAAAAAAGCCUCUAUUAACGGACACAACGAGAUAAUUAGAGAAUAAAAAGUUCAUGAAUAAUAGAAACUUAUUGGAAUACUACAAUUGUGUGAGAGUCAUUUGGAGACAUUUAGUGUUGUUCGUCCGUCAAGAUCGACAAAGUCCAUCUAGCCAUCCGGUUGGGUUGGAGGCUGGGUCACGGGUGAGUUCGAAGGUGGCUUGCUAGUCCGAUCCGUGCUCCGAAUUGUCUCUGGCACCGCGGGCAGGGGAUGAUUGCCGUAGUCGGUGGUCCAAGGUGGUCGAAUUAGACACUCAUAACAAAGUAAACGCACAACUCACUACCAAAGAAUAAUGAAUUAAGUACUACAUGGCAUGUGGAUCCUUGAAUCGAAAGGCAGGGACAAUAAGAUGAUGUUUUGGCUAAUAGACUUAUUCAGCAUACGGGAAAAGGAGAAUACGUCAAGACAAAGAAUCAGGUUAAAAACUUAAGUUAUCAUCAUAGUUAUUGCCGGAAGUUAAAUAUUCCAAAACCAAGAUUACAGGCCCUGAAAUAAUAUAUACUAUAGAAAGCUCACGUCAAUGAAAAGCACAACUGCUUCUAUUACCACUAGACCACAAGAUAGGCGUGUCCCUAAUUUCGGGCAAGCUUUCCUAGCGUAAACAGAACUAACAAGACACCUUCAUACUCUACGUCGAAUUAUAAGCUGCUUAAUAUCCAAUGGAUAGCUACAUUGUUUGAGCUACAGAAUGCACUGUUCUGGGUCAGAAAGAAAUGUGAUGACGACAAAAGGAGAAAAAAAAACUAUUCUAACAAUACACAAACGGAAUUUUUAUUAAAUUAUUUAUAGAAUUUAAAAAAAAAAAAAAAAAAAAAAAAAAAAAAAAAAAAAAAAAAAAAAAAAUAAAAACAAAAAAAAAGAAAAAAAAAAAAAUAAAAAAAAAAAAAAAAAAAAAAAUUUUAAAAAAAAAAUAAAAAAAAAAAAAAAAAAAAAAAAAAAAAAAAAAAAAAAGAAAAAAAAAAGAAAAACUCAAUCUCUGUUUAUUUGAAUAAAUGAUCCCCCAAAAUUGGAAAAAAAAAUACGUUUCUUUUUAUUUUAGUGUAGAGUACAAUCAAAUACACUGUAAUUACAGUUAACAAUCUUUAAAAUGGUCAAUUUCUUUGUGUUGUGCAAAGGGUUUGGUUUUAAAUCACUCUUAAUUAUUUUUUUUCCUCUCGUUCACAGAACUCAAAUGUAAUUUUCCAAAUGUUGGAUUUUUUGCGUGGACAACAAUUGCCGCAUCACAGAAUUUGCUGCUUUACGUUAGGAAGUUUGAUCACGUUGACGCCAACUACGGAAAUCACUUUGAUUCACUGACCGGAAAAUUCACCGUUCCACUGAAUGGCUCGUAUUUGAUAAGCAUGAGUGCAUCACAAGAAGACAUAAAUGGCAAGAUGUAUGCUGGUUGCUAUCUUAGGAGUAAUAAUAGGCUAUUUGAAGAAGCAGACCCCGUUAUUUUUUUGAAUGGAACUUGGAAUCAAUCAGUAACACGGUGUUCUGAAAUGUCAGCAGGAGACGUCAUCUAUUUGAAAUCGGCGUUUGCGGAAACACAUCCUAAAAAUAAGAUAAUGUUUUAUUUUUCAUGUUUUAUGAUUAAAGGGUGAACGCUUUGAACCGUAUCUUCUUCUACAUAUAAUCGCAGGAUUUGAAACACGAAUUUAAAAUAAAUUAUAAAAGAAAUAUAAAAACUUUAAAAUUAUGAAUUUGUAAAAUAACUUUUACCAAAAAGUGUAUAAAUAUAUACGCCGAGAUCAAUACAAGUCAAGUUUUGCACCUCUUAGAAAGUAAAACAAUAUCACAAUUCUCUGAGAACUCAACCUAAUAAAAAAAAAUGAUGACAUAGAGUACAAAUAAUUGUUCCUUCAUUUAAAUGUUGAAAAAAAGCCGCAUUAAGAAAAUGUACAAUAUCCAAAAGAAUAAAUAUUAAUUUUGAUGUAUUUUAUAUUUAAACUUAAAAUGAAAACAAAGUGUAAUAAUGAAAAAAUAAUCAUACAAAUUUAAUAUUUUGUCUCUUAUUUUAACAUGGUAUAACGUCAUUACAUUACAUUAUUGUUCCGUUGUUGCAUUAUUUUAAAUAUUCAUUAAGUGACAUAUUAAUUAAGUUUUAGAGAAAAUGCAUUUAAUUUUUAAAAUUAUUUUAUGUGAGUACAUUGGAUGGUACGGAGGGAGUAGUGUUAUUAACACAAAAAUACAAUGUUAUCAUAGUUAAAUACCAGACGUUGGCGUGGAACCUGACCCACCACAAUUAGGCAGAGUUAACAGUCAUUAUAAAAUACCUAAUGUUUCAAGUUUUGUUCGUUUCUUUUAACUACCUCUGGAGGACUUCACUUAUUGCGAGUGACGUUACGAUACGUCUCAAAGCAUAUUCUUGCUAUGGCUUUUCUGUGGUGCCGACUUCUUUACCUUACCUUGGUUGUCAAGGAGAUACAAGCAAAAUGACCUUCCUGCAUCACUAUCCUCUUUUUAUGUUUAAAAUCGUGAGCCAUGUUGGGUUGAUCACACUGGAUCAAUAGAUGUAAAAUGAUCUUGAAGCUUGUCAAAAGCAACAGUUGAAAGCAAACGAUUUUCAAAGUUGAAACUUUAACAAACUAACAAGUAACACCUUUGUCAAACUGCUAUCCUGGGUAUCAUUGCGGCACAGGAGAUGACAUUGUUGCGCUGCUUCUUACAAUGUUGUAUAUGGUUCUCAUUUGAAGGGCCGAAUGAACUCAAUAUCCAUGUAGUACAUAAAUAUAUAAAAUUCAAUAACAAUCUAAGUUCGCAUUUUUUAAAAUCUCAUAUACAGUAAUGUGUU